AUGAAGUCGCCUACCUUUGCGACGAUCGUCGCCUUCGCCUUCGGCACCGUAGCCGUUCUGGGUCAGGGCGAUCCAGCGCCGAGACCUCCCAGCUCGCGGCUCCGUGUGAUUCUCAACCCCGCCCGCGUCCGGGCCCUUGACGAGCCUGACUUCAAGCUGUGGACCAUCACCGGCGAGCCCAAGAGCGUCUCUACCACCUUUGGCGACACUUCCAUCACUGUCGCCGCCGCCAACUCCACCAUCGCGGGCGCGUCCUACAAGUGGCACUACACCCGCCGCGUAGCGCCUUUGGGUGAGAGGGUCGUGGCCCAGGGCAUCUCGACGAACACCGAUGAUGCUGGCAACAAGCCCAUGACCAUCUCCAUUACGGGACUCCCAGCCGGCAAGCACUCGCUGCUCACCUGGCACAACGCUUGGGACAGCCUGAAGGCAGUCGCAUCUGUGACCGUCAAGGUCAACGGCGAGGAUGCGGAGACGCUUGCCCAAUCUGUGCGCGUGGACAACAUCUGGGAAUCUGCUCAUUCCUUCGUCCAAUUCACUGUUUCUGGUGCUAACGAUACAACCAACAUUGAGUUCAUCCCUGCCGGCGCCGACGGCCGUGUCUUCCUGAACGGCUUCGAAAUCGAUACUCCCGACAUCGACAACGUCGUCAGUUUCCCGGAACCGAACAACCGUGACGAACGUGUCCAGCUCGAGGGUGGUGACACUUAUGAGGCAUCCUGGCGGGCUCCCGACGCCGAGUCACCAAAGUACAAUGUCUACAUCGGCACGUCACCCACAGAGUUGAAGAGUUUGGUCUUGGGUCUGGACAAGACAUCGACCACGCUGGCCGGCGGUCGCGGUGGUCGAGUCGUCCAUGUCACCAGCCUUGAGGAUAGCGAAGAGGAGGGCACUCUGCGCUAUGCUCUGGCCGUUGCUCGAGGUCCUCGCUACGUUGUUUUUGACGUGGGAGGCGUCAUCACCACCACGUCUCGCAUGGUUGUUAGCGACCAAUACGUAACAGUCGCCGGCCAGACAGCUCCCGGGAAGGGUAUCAUCGUGCAGGGGCACCCACUCGGUCUGUCUGGUGCCAUUGAUGCCAUCUUCCGCCACAUCAAGGUGCGGCCCGGCACGGUCUCUGGCGAGACAGUCGACGCUAUGGGCAUGGCGGGCUCCAACCACUGCAUCAUGGAUCGCUGCUCCAUGGGCUGGGGCAUUGACGAGAACUUUUCUUCUCGCAACGCGGCCAACAUUACCUUCCAGCGCAGCAUGAUCUCCGAACCUCUGAAUGUCGCCGGUCAUAAGAACUAUCCGCCCGGCCGCGAGCACGGAUUUGCUGCGACGGUCAGCGGCAAUGUCGGCUCUCUGCACCACAACCUCAUUGCGCACGCCGAGGGCCGCAGCUGGAGCAUGGGCGGUGGUCUGGACGACGAGGGCAAAUUCGGAGGGCGUCUUGAUAUUCGCAACAAUGUCGUGUACAACUUUGAUGGCGGUGCGCACGAGGUCAACUUUGUCGGAAAUGUCUACAAGCAGGGCCCUGCCAGCAACCUCACUUAUGCCCUGCGUGCCCAGUAUGAGAACCAGCUGCCCGGCCAGCAACAAUACUACUGCGAGGGUAACUCCAUGCCUGGCGUCUUCGACCAGGACUCGGCGCAAUACGCAUCUCCCGAUGGAACGGGCUCCAACAAGAACGUCGCCUGCUGGGCCGAUGUGACAAUCAGCCCGGCCCCUUCUUACCGCAAGUUUUACGAUCAGCCGGAAGCGUGGAAGUACAAGGGUCGUGGGCCACGUACACCGCUGGUGAUGACGCUGGCAUCGACUACAUUGAGCUGA